AUGUUGCGCAAAAAGGUCCUCGGCGUUGGAGCGUCAUCUGCCACGAUCCUUGUGCAGGACACCGCUGCAAAUGGGGAGUUACGUGUGCUCAAGCGAAUUAAUGUUUCUUUGUGGAAACCGGCGGAUGUAAUGGAAACGCACGAGAUGUACAAGGCCCUUCUGACAGCACAAAUUUCUUCCAUGGUUGAAUUACACACUGUGAUGCUGCAAGGCUCUUUUCUGAACACUGUCACCACUUACUACGCCAGGGGUGACUUAGAGGCUUACUUAGAGGAUGGGCCUAAAAGCCCGUUUGACGAGGCCACGGUGUUGCGGUGGUUGCUGGCCAUUGCAAGGGCCGUACAACAGGUCCAGCACCUCAAGGAUGGUUGUUUUUACGGCCUCUCUCUGAAUCGCAUCUUUUUUGCGGACGAUGCACCGGGAAUCCGCGUGGGGCUGCCAAUGCCACGUUCGUCGUACUUCAAGUGGCUGUCGGACCGCGAGGCCCUUGGGGUGGCGGUGGAGCGCGAGUACCCGCCAGAGGUGGUGCAUGAGCAGAGGUACGUGGCAAAGGUGAGUGAUGUCUGGCACCUUGGCCUCGUUGCAAUGAAGAUGCUUAGUGCGCACACGAGUUACUUUUCCCGCUCCACCGAGCUCCGCUCUGUCAUUGCCGACAUGAUGGAGCCGAGUCCAGGGCGGCGCCUCACGAUCGCGGAGGUGGUGCGGGAUCUGACGGAGUUGAUAGAUGGGCGCUCUGUGCCGCGGUUGCCCAAUACGCUGGUGGGCCCAACCUCCACUAUGCGCUUUACCGCACCGAUGGCGUGCGGCGUGACGGCCCAGGCCACGGCACCCUCAACCGACAGCUCCACCGCCGAUGAGGCAAACGGGAAAAACGGCAACAACGUUAGUUAUGAAUUCCCCGCGCAUCACGAAACGGCGCACACGCCCAACACAAUAGUACGCGGGGCACGGGCGAGGUUGCCCCCAGACUGGCACCGCCGCGCAAUGGAGCAGGUGGAGGAGCUGCAACGUCUCAACGCAAGUUCCCCUGGUAGGUCCAGGGGUUGUUCCCCACUGUCGCGACAGAGUCGAUCGUUCUCGACAGGAACGGGGCUGUCCCGCCCACAUAGCGUAAGGAAUACGGCGGCAACGCCCCCCACUUCGCGAAUGGUAAAAACACCCAGUCGUUCUGCUGAGCGGAACCCAAGGGACUCCUUUGACAGCGCGGCAAAGGGGCGUAGAACUGCCACAGACAUGGUCCAAGAUCUGCUCAAAGAGCAGGAGGAGGAGCAUCGAAGGCGAGAGGCGUUCCUGCAAGUACAAAAGGAAAAACGAUGGAAGCAGCAGGAGAAGGAGCGCCAGGCGCUGAAUGUUCACCAGAACCACGCGGACAAGAUGAAAAAAAUCCGCUCUAAACUAGACGAUGAGACGAAACAUGACAUUCGUAAACACAUUAAGCAUUGGAGAGAACAACGUGCCCUUUCAGCCGAUGAGAGCAUCACUGUUAGCAAGGGAGGCGGCGUCUCUGUCUUUGUCCCAAAGCAUGGACCACCGCCGGCGGUAGCAGUCGCAGGGACUAAAAAACAAGAGAGGGAACUUGCCACAACAGCGUCACUGGACUCGGAAGAACCCAAAGCAAUAGUGUUCAUCCCGCUCUGUAACUUGUCGCGACGACCCGCAAGUGUUCCAGUUGGCUCACGUUCGUCGCCACCGAGAGUGUGCCCGUCACGCUGCGCUGCCGUUUAUCUCAAAUCUGGAGUUAGCCCGAGUACUCCCAGGACGCGCGCCAAGUUAGUUUCCACGCCCCCCGCGAUGGGACUCGCGCGAAGGUCAAAUGAAAUUCUUUCCAUUUCGUCUCCAAGCUUGACCAACUGCGAGUCCUUAAGUUUUCCUCCAGGGAACGAGAUGGUUGGCACGCCACCCCAGUUGCUGAGCUCGGCGGGCCUGUUCGAUUCGCCUUUGGCAAGAAGAGGCGGCGAGGUUGAUCAGUGUGCCUCAACGAACGGUGGAGGGCCCAGGGAGGGCAGCGUUCUUCCCUCACUUGAGGUUUCCGUCACAAACCUCAAAGACGCACUCGGUACAUUGCUGGCCAAUCACCACAGGUAUGUAGAAGUCAUGGAUGUUGUGAACGCCUUUGUAAUGCGGUCUGAAGCCGACCGCUGCAACCCACGCCUCAAUGUUGUUUUUAUGAGCACCCUCCGCAGUCUUCUGAACGAUGAACAACGCUUUCUUGCUGCAGCGCCGUUAUGUGCGCAGUUGAUGGCGUUGCAGAGUCUCUUGAAAGGACCAGCCCUCGUAAAGAAGAGGGAUUCCCGUGCGAGUGGAAAGAAUGCGCAACGAUGA